UUGCGGUUUGGUCGUCCCCGGCGGGGAACUGCUGCGAAAGGGGUUGAGGUUCGGUCUUUUAAAAAUACAACAUAAGAAUGGCUUCGAAAAGAGCUCUGGUCAUCCUGGCCAAAGGAGCAGAGGAGAUGGAGACAGUCAUCCCCGUAGAUGUCAUGAGGCGAGCUGGAAUUAAAGUCACCAUCGCGGGUCUGGCUGGGAAAGACCCAGUACAGUGUAGCCGAGACGUCGUCAUUUGUCCUGAUGCCAGCCUGGAAGAUGCAAAAAAAGAGGGACCUUAUGACGUAGUGGUUCUGCCAGGAGGCAAUCUGGGUGCGCAGAAUUUAUCUGAGUCUCCUGCUGUGAAGGAGAUACUAAAGGAGCAAGAAAAAAGGAAAGGCCUCAUCGCCGCCAUCUGUGCAGGUCCUACGGCUCUUUUGGCUCAUGAAAUAGGUUUUGGAAGCAAAGUUACAACACACCCACUUGCUAAAGACAAAAUGAUGAAUGGAAGUCAUUACAGCUACUCCGAGAACCGCGUGGAGAGGGACGGCCUGAUCCUCACGAGCCGCGGGCCCGGGACCAGCUUCGAGUUCGCGCUCGCCAUCGUCGAGGCGCUGAACGGCAAGGACGUGGCUGACCAAGUGAAGGCCCCGCUCGUUCUUAAAGAUUAGAG